AUGGUUUACGUCUUUUCCCAUAUACAACAGGAGGAAGCAUCACCCUACUCUUUGGUCCACAUCUGUCUGGAUGUCUUGAUUGCCAACCUAGAGAAAUUAUGUUGUGAAAGACCUGAUGGAACACUAUGUCUUCCAGAAAAUUGGAUUUUCCCUCAGGAAAUAUCCGAUCAAUUCCUUAGGAGGAUGGCUUGUCAAGGCAAGCUGACUAACAGAACAGCAAGUAUUUUCCAAGGCAACCAAAUGAACUUGAAGGUGCUCAGUAUACCAAAAACUAAAAUCUCAACGGCUACCUUCACAAGAGCCUUCUGCCAUCAUAAGCUCAUUGAAGUAGAUGCCACUGCAGUACACUCUGACCUUCCAGUCCCAAGCAUUUUAAGUACACUCUGCAGCAAUAAAUGGAUCCAGCAAAACCUUCGGUGUCUCCUGUUAGAUUCGACAGCUGUCCCUCAAAAUUCAAGAUUACCAUUUGGUCAGCUCACUGGUCUUCGCACUUUAAGUGUUUUUAAUGUUAGCUUUUAUAAUGAAGAUCUGGUUAACAUUUCUCAGUUACCAAUGCUGCAAUGCUUGGAUAUCUCUGAUACUCUGGUCACUAACAUCUCUGCACUCGUCACCUGUAAGGAUCAACUCAAGUCUCUCACAAUGCAUAAUCUGAAAUGCCUGGCCAUGACUAAAUCACAAAUUCUUGAAGUCAUCAUAAAAUUGAAGUGUCUUCUUCACCUCGAUAUUUCUAAUCACAGGCAACUAAAAUCAGACCUAGCUUUUCAUUUACUACAGCAGAAGGAUAUCCUGCCUAAUAUUGUAUCCCUGGAUAUUUCUGGGGGCCAGUAUAUCACUGAUGGAGCUGUAGAAUUGUUUAUACGCCAGCGGCCUUCAAUGAAAUUUGUGGGACUCUUGGCUACAGAUGCUGGCUAUUCUGACUUCUUAAAUGCAAAGCAAGGCUUGAGGGUUGCUGGAGGAGUUAGUAUAAAUCAGAUUACCGAAGCACUGAAACAGUACAGGAACAGGUCAUGCUUUAUGAAGGAAUCUCUCUGCCGGCUCUUCUCAGAGUCCUUCUCAAUGAAUGUUUGUAUGCCUGCCCUUUUAAAGCUUGUAGCUAUAGGAAUGAAGAAUCAUCCAUUGCAUUUACCAGUGCAGUUCACAGCUAGUGCUUGUGUCCUCAACUUAACCCGCCAGGGGCUGGCCAAUAGAAUGCCUGUUCGUCUGUUGUCAGAGGUCACCUGUCUACUUUUCAAAGCUAUAAAAAAUUUCCCCCUUUCUGAACAGUUACAGAAGAAUUGUCUUCUCUCCUUAACCAAUUCCAGGAUUCUUGUGGAUGUUCCAUUUGAUAGGUUUGAAGCAACCAGGUUUGUGGUAAAAUGGCUUUGUAGGCAUGAGAACCCCAAGAUGCAAACUAUGGCAGUGAGCAUCACCUCCGUUCUAGUCUUGCAGCUAUUACCUGAGCAAACCUCACAACUUCAAGGAGAGCUCCUUAUGGCAGUUAAGGAACUUCUAUCCCUAGUGAAACAAAAGACUACUGAGAAUUUACAUGAUGUCACCUUCUUGUUUAGUAUGAAAGCACUUUGGAAUCUUACAGAUGAGUCUCCUGCUGCCUGCAAGUACUUUAUUGAAAAUCAAGGGUUGGAGAUUUUCCUUCAAGUCUUAAAGACUUUUCCAGAGUCCACAGUACAAAGCAAAAUACUCGGUCUUUUGAACAACAUAGCUGAAGUCAGAGAACUCUCUCCAACACUGAUAACCGAAUGUGUGCUGAAGCAUAUACGCAGUUUACUUCACAGCAAGGACAUAGAAGUGAGCUAUUUGGCUGCAGGUAUCCUAGCUCACCUGACAUGUGACAAAAAACAAUGGCGCUUCCGUGACCUGCAGAGGACUGCUCUUCUCCAGGAUUUGCAUGCAACCAUCCAAAAUUGGCCAAGUUCAAGUUGUAAGAUGUCAGCAUUGGUGACUUACAGAUCCUUCAGGGCAUUUUUCCCACUCCUUGGCAACUUCUCUCAACCAGAGGUUCAGCUCUGGGCACUAUGGGCUCUGUAUCAUGUCUGCAGUAAAAACCCUAGCAAAUACUGUAAAAUGAUAGUGGAAGAAGAAGUGUUGAAGCUUCUGUAUGAUACCCAGGAGCACAGUCAGGUGAACCCCCAAGUACAGAAGCUUGCAGCUUCCAUUCUAGAGGACUUCCGGAUGCAUUUUAUGAAUUAUCAGAGGCUUCCACUACAGUGAAUGCUCUUCAUAAAAGGCUCUGAGGUACACUCUGCUCCUCAGUGACAGGUCUGUUCUAUUGGUAACCAAGUGUUGAAACCAGUUUGUGAGUUGGCUGUGUCAUUGGCCUUUGCUUGUUUAUCUUUUGUUACAAAAAGGUUGGAUUUGUAUGAUAGCCAUAAUGACAAAAUCAGGUUGGGCUCAUUCUAGAGACACUCCUUCAGGAAUUUUAGAAAACCAAACCAUAGACUUGGAAAGACUUUACCUGGAAGCUUAUGUUGGAAUGUUGUGCAAUGUUUUUCUAACCCUGGACAGUUUCUCCACUUUGGGAACUCAUCAAGAAAAUAGGACUCGCUUACCCUGAAGAUGAAGGAAAGACCUACAGAGAGGCCUUGAUAUUUGUUCAUUUCCUUGGCUGUUACUGUUAUAUGACAGUAACAGAAAAGAAGUAUGUGAAGAAAGAAGAUGAGAACUAAGGCUAAGGGUAUGUCUGAAGUAGUAGAGCACUUGCCUAGCAAGGAGUGGUCAGAAGAAAGCAUAUGAGACAUUUGGUUAAUUUGUUCAUACUAUACCCAAAUCUAAGAAGGGAAAGGGCUAGAAAAAGAGUGUAUGUAUUCAUUCUUUACAGUUGGCAAACAUGUUUUUGUAUUUUUUUUGUUACCCUAAACCAUGUUUUAAACUUUCACCUAUACUAAGCAGAACUUGUGACCAACUCUUUUCAGAGUUAUUAAAUUACACUGUUUUCUUACCCAUUCUUCUGCAUGGUUCCAAAAAGGUCUUAGUUUCCUGCUCUGGGUUCCAGCGUUUUGGAGCAUUGUUUUACCAGGUAACCAAUUUUUUGCUAAUGCAAGUAUGUCAUGGGAACCAGGGUCUAUGUAAGUGUGUACGUGUGUGUGUACGUGUGUGUGUGUGUGU